CACACACAAACACACCCCUCUACUUCCACCCCUGCUCUGCAGCGUGGAGCUCAGUUGCUCCUCUAUGGUAUUUCCCACAAUAACAUCCCAGGCUGACACACUGACUCUGUCAUUCUGCCUCUGACCACCUCAGCUCCUCUCUUUCUGUCCCCAGACACCCGGACCAAACUAAGGACCAACAUCUUCUGGUUUCAGAACUGAUCAAUCAAUGAUGGGCGGCAUCAGAGGAGGUCCAGUGAAAAUGGAGAAGGUGUUAAUUAAGCUGAUGGUGCUAGCGGGAGUCAUUGGUUUGAGUUACGGUGCCGUUCAGAGACCUGACUAUGAUGACACGCCCAACCCGGAGUUCCUCAACCCGUCCUGGAUGGACAGCAUCCCCGAUGAUCAGCCGCUGUCUGAGAUCACCAUGCCUGGGACCCACAACGCCAUGGCCCUGUACGGCGGUGUGUAUGCUCAGUGCCAGACCUGGAGCCUGGCCUCCCAGCUCCGAGCCGGCGUCCGCUUCCUAGACGUCCGUGUCCGUCACGCCAAAGGGAACCUCACCAUCCAUCACUGGGUGGUCUAUCAGUGGGCGCACUUUGGCCACGUGCUGGAGAAUGUGACUGACUUCCUUCGAGAGUAUCCCAGUGAGACAGUGCUGAUGCGUGUGAGGGAGGAGUUGAGUGACACGAAUGACAUCUACGAUGCUGUGGUAGACUACAUCCAUCGCUACGCUAACUGGGACCUGCUGUGGCACAGCCGGCUCGUGCCGACCAUGGGAGAGGCUCGUGGGAAACUCAUCAUCCUGCAAGACUUUUCUGGGCCAGACUUGGGGAUGCGCUAUGGUUCCCUGGACAUAGCCGAUAAAUGGAAGGUAUACUCACUCCUGCAUGUGGAGAAGAAAUGGCAGAGCGUCUAUGAGCACCUGGAGGCUGCACCUGCAGGAAAUAAGGACCAGAUUUUUCUCACCUACAGCAGUGGAGCUGGUUUGUUCGCGUACCCCAGAGCCGUCGCUCAGCGCGUCAAUUCACAACUGUACGACUACCUGAGUGCCAAGACGGACCUGAACCAGCGUCUUGGAAUCAUAUGCAUGGACUUCCCUGCUGCUCCUGUUAUUCAAAUGAUCAUUGACUUCCAACUGAGAGAGGGCAUAAAGAGAAAACAGGCCUUUAACGCAAUACAUAGUGAAGCAAGUUUGAAAAACACUAUAUAUGAUAUAAUUUCUUCACUGAGAAAGAAUAUCAAACAUUUUACUAAUGUCUGAGCCAAAAUCAAGCACGAGGGAACAGAAGAUUGUCAAUGACUGAACGAUCAACAAGGCAUUAAUAUGGAUAGCAAAUACUGCCGUUGUAGUUCAGAUUCAAUAGUUGUAACUCGGGCUGUCAGUCGAUUAAAAUAUUUAAUCACGAUUAAUCGCAUGAUUGUCCAUAGUUAAUCAUGAUUAAUCCCAAAUUAAUCCAAAAAAAUGUUAUCUGUUCAAAAUGUACCUUAAAGGGAGAU